AUGAAGUUCUCUGCUACCCUCGUGGCCUUGGCCGCAGCCUCGGCCGAAGCCCAUUACACCUUUGGCCGGCUCGUGUACGGCGGCACGACGUACCCCGAGUGGCAGAGCGUGCGCAAGACGCUCAACUUCUACACCAACGGGCCGACGGACGGCGUCUCGUCGACGCAGAUCCGCUGCUACGAGGCGGACGCCAAGGACAGGGGCGCGGUGGCGACGGUGCCCGUGACGGCGGGCUCGACGAUCGGGUUCGCGGCCAACGGGGUCGUGGGACACCCGGGGCCGGCGAGCCUGUGGAUGGCCAAGGUGCCGGCGGGGAAGACGGCGGCGACGUGGGACGGCAGUGGGGCUGUGUGGUUCAAGAUUCACCACGAGCGGCCAACGGUCACGAGCAGCGGGCUGGAGUGGGCCUCAUUCAACAGCCAAGUGCUCUCGGCCAAGAUCCCGUCUUGCAUCGCGUCGGGCGAAUACCUCGUCCGGGUCGAGCACAUCGGGCUGCACGGGGCGGCGACGGAGGGCGGGGCGCAGUUCUACGUGGCGUGCGCGCAGGUGUCGGUGUCGGGCGGCGGGAGCACCAUCCCGACAGGCCUCGUGUCGUUCCCCGGUGCGUACAAGUCGACGGACCCGGGGAUCCUGUUCCAGCUGUACUGGCCGACGCCGACGAGCUACACGAACCCGGGACCGGCCCCGUUCACCUGCUGA